CUUGAAUGCUGACUCUGUACUGGUGCGCUGAAGAUCACAUCCUGGUUAACCGAUCACGUGUCGCAACAUAUAAAGAAAGAUGUGGCUGGCAGUGCUAGCCGUCGCGCUAGUAAUCUGCUUACUGUUAUAUUUAAAUACUAUCAAACCUAGGAACUUUCCACCUGGCCCCAAAUGGAUACCAAUUUUCGGCAGCGCAAUAGAAGUCUCUAAACUUAGGGAGAAAACCGGCUACCUUUACAAAGCUGUGAAAGAACUCUCUACAUUGUAUUGCAAAAACAGUCCAUUAAUUGCUCUUAGGAUCGGCAAAGAUAGAAUCGUCAUGGUAAACAGUCUAGAGGCUAAUAAAGAGAUGCUUGCAAAUGAAGACAUCGACGGAAGACCAAAAGGAAUUUUCUAUCAGACCAGAACUUGGGGGGAACGAAGAGGAGUUCUUUUAACUGACGGAGAGUUAUGGAAAGAGCAGAGAAGAUUCCUUCUUAAACAUUUGAAGGAGUUUGGCUUUGGAAAACGUGGUAUGGGCGAUAUAGCGUGUUAUGAAGCUAGUCACAUGAUUACUGAUGUCCUUAGCACUAUAAACAACGAUAAAACAGCAACCAUACAGAUGCACAAUUUCUUUAACACUUACAUUUUAAAUACUCUUUGGACUAUGAUGGCAGGGAUCAGAUAUAAUCCAAAUGAACCUGAAAUGAGAGUAUUACAGGAUCUAUUGUUUGAAUUAUUCGCAGCUAUCGAUAUGGUAGGCGCUACAUUCAGCCACUUUCCGAUUCUGAGCGUGAUUGCUCCUAAAUUAUCAGGUUACAAGGACUUUAUUAAGACUCACAAAAAAAUUUGGGCAUUUUUAAGGGAAGAGAUAGGCAGACACAAGGAGCGAUUUGACCCUGAAAAGGAAGAUAAGGAUUUCAUGGACGUUUAUAUUAGGGUUUUGAGAGAAAAUGGUGAGAUAGACACGUACUCCGAGGGUCAGUUGGUGGCCAUGUGCAUGGAUAUGUUUAUGGCUGGAACUGAGACGACCAGCAAGAGUAUGAGUUUCGGGUUCAGCUACUUGGUAAGAGAACAAGAGGUACAGAAGAAAGCUCAAGAGGAAAUUGACAGGAUAGUAGGACGAGAUAGACCGCCAAAUCUAGACGAUCGAGACAAUAUGCCAUACUGCACUGCAAUCGUACAUGAGUGUGUGCGGCAUUUUAUGGGGAGGACCUUCGGCGUACCACACCGAGCCAUGAAGAACACCAAAUUGGCUGGCUACGAUAUACCCGAAGACACAAUGGUCGUAAGCAACUUCACCAACAUACUCAUGGAUGAGGAAUUAUACCCUGACCCUUACUCAUUCAAACCUGAGCGGUUCAUAGUAGACGGCGCUGUGAAGCUACCUGACCAUUAUUUUCCAUUCGGGAUCUUCAAACACCGUUGUUUGGGAGACGUGCUAGCCAAGUGUAACAUAUUCAUAUUCACCACCACAAUCCUGCAAAGGUUCUCCUUCUUACCCGUCCCUGGGGAACCUUUACCAUCUCUGUACCAUGUUGAUGGGGCAACUCCAUCAGCUGCACCGUUUAAAGCACUGGUUGUACCUAGAUCAUGAUUUUAUAUGUCU